AUGACGGCCCUCGGCGUGCAGGCCCAGAAGCUGCUGGCCCAAAGGAGGCCCCGCCGGUCCUUCUUUGAACCCUCCAUCCGGGCCCUCAUCAUCUUUUGCGCCUCCCUGGCCAUGGUCCUCACCUCCCUCUCCAUCUGCGAUGGCCACUGGCUCCUGGCCGACGACCGUCUGUUCGGGCUGUGGCAUUUCUGCACCACCUCGAACCAGGCUGAGCUGCACUGCCUCCGAGACCUGAGGCAGGCCCACGUGCCCAGGCUAGCCUCGGGCAUGGCUGUGGCCCACAGCGUGGCCACCUUGGCCAUGGUGGUCGCCAUCUUUGGCCUGGAGCUCCUCAUGGUGUCCCAGGUGUCCGAGGAUGCCCACCCGUGGCACAAGUGGGCCAUGGGCUCCGCCCUCCUCCUCCUCGUGUCCAUCCUCUCCUUCGGGGGCCUCCUGAGCUUCCUGACGCUCCUUAGGAACGAGGUCACACUCAUGGGCCUCAGCCUGAUGUUCUGGAGCAAAUUCACAGCCUCCUUCCUCAUCUUCCUGAACGCCAUCAGCGGCCUCCACAUCAACAGUAUCAGCCGUACUGACAGCGUCACGUACCCCUGGGGCCUGCCUGCAAAAUUUUAG